CCACGACCUGCACCUUCAUCCGCAUACCCUUCCUUCUCAGCUGCCCUUUCUGGAGACGCAGACGUCACGGUGUGAGAGCGUAGAAGUGUAUCCUCGCCCUCAACUGUAUGCAGAUUGAGCUUCUCCCAUCGUCAGCUUACCCUCAGUCUCGAAUGACGUAAGCCCCGCCAGUCUCAGAUCAGACGACGUCCUACUCGCGCAGCUCUGCUUCCGAGUCUUCAGACCAACACCCUUGAUGGAUGCUGGUGAACCCUCCUUCACCACCCAUCAACACCAAAGCAGCAACUACAUCUCAUCAUACAAUCACAAUCCCUAUCCUUUCCAUCCCACUGAGCAACAACUUCCAGAUCCGGACGCAGACGAUCACGGUCUCCCACCGGGCUUAGAUCCAGAUUUCCAGGAUCCGUUCCCCACUUCGGUAGGGUCUUACUCCGCUCAGAGUGCUCACCACCGCGGAAUUGACAGGCACGAGGCUCUAAACAAGCAGGAGGGGUCCGAACAAGAAGACGACCCAGAAGAAGAGCCGAUUGUCGCUGCUUCGGCAAGAACGAGGACACACCUUCUUCCUCCCGCCUUUUCUUCGGACGAGGACGAGGACGAGAACGGAAAGAGAAGCGAGAGCGAGAGUGAGGACGAUCAAGACGACGACCUGGUACAAGAUCGACGACUAGAACAACAGAGCCCAGAGAAGCCACGCUCUGGCGUCAAGAGACUUAAGAUCGUCCUCAAGCCCAAGCCCCAGUCGUACAAUACAAUCGAGUUGAACGCUCAAGAUCGGAACGCUAUGGUGUCUACAAGAGGAGCACGACCUGCUUCGAGCUACUCCGAAGCGCCCGUCGAGGACGAUGAUCAACCCAAUGGGACUGGCGUAGCCGAAGGGAGGAGAGCAAGCGGCAGCGGCUCUCGCUCUACCAGGCACAGUGCACGCAGAGCUGGUCAGGGCGUACAUGAGAAUGGAGGGCAUGAAUCUGAUGAUCCGCUCGGCGCUGAGAUACCCCCCAACGACGCUCGUGCGCUUUCGGACAACCAGAGCGAUGAAGAUGCAGUGGGGGAAGACGACGAGGACGAAGAGCUACCACAACGUCCCACACGAGCCAGUAGAGCCGCCGCAUCAUCGCGACCACCGAGUGCUGCACGUACUACUCGGAGUGGCAGGCCGACCAGAAGUGCCAACUAUGCAGAGGCUGACGAAGAUGAAUAUGAUGACAAGGACGGAGACAGUGAAUCUGAAUCCGAUGAGGACGGAGACCACAUUGGAUCAUCUAGAAGCCGAGGGGGUGGCUCACAGAAGAGGAAGAAUAAAAGUCUGGAAGGAUUUGUCGUCGAAGACGAGUCAAACGAAGAGUCGGAUCGCGAGUACGGCAAAUCGCGCCGGAAGUCUGGCGGUCGUCUACUGCGAGGAAGCCAGUCGCGUGUUCAGGCUCUCGCAGCUGCCAGAGCUCGAAAUAGCGCUACCAACAAAGGAGGCGCAAGCAGGAGACGAAGUGGUCGUUAUAGCAAUCUGCAAAGCGAAGAGGAUGACGACGAUCUGAUUACUGGCGAUGAAGACCAGCCGGGCUACCGUCUCCGCGAGCGUACGAAGAAGGUCGACUAUUCGCUUGCCGCUCCGCCUCCGGAACCUCUACGCGACGGCAUGGGCCGCAUCGUCAAGCGCAAGAGCAGCAACCGAAGCGGCGCCAAUGCCGACACACUGGGUGGAGCUUUUGAAUUGGAUGCCAGGCGAGCUGCAGAUCUCGGCCUACCCCACGUGGGAGGCGCUGGCGGCGGCAGGAAAGGCAAGACUGGCUGGGAUGCAUUGCCUCUGUCUAUGACCGGAAAAGACUACGCGAAAGCAUUCGGCGAUGAGCAGGACAGCUCUGAUGACGAUAUUCCAGCUUCGCGCAAGGCUCCUCCGCCUUCUCUGUACGGCGGCGGUGGCAGUGCCGGUCUUUUAGGCAGCGGGCCAACUCCUCUCGGAGGAGCAGGCGGAGGCGGAGGUGCUGGUGCUGGCAAUGACGGCUCUGCUCGCGACGCUCUGGGUAGAAUCAAGAAAGGCGGAGAUGCUCUGGCUGAUGUGGAUCCUCUGGGCGUCAACAUGCAAGUAGACUUCGACUCGGUCGGUGGUCUAGACGGCCACAUUCAACAGCUCAAGGAGAUGGUGUCGUUGCCUCUUCUCUACCCAGAGGUCUUCACUCGCUUCAAAGUCACCCCUCCUCGGGGCGUUCUCUUCCAUGGUCCGCCGGGUACCGGAAAGACCUUGGUGGCUCGAGCCCUUGCCGCCAGUUGUAGCACGACCGGUCAGCAGAUUAGCUUCUUUAUGCGAAAAGGAGCCGACUGCCUGUCGAAGUGGGUUGGUGAAGCUGAGCGUCAGCUGAGAAUGCUCUUCGACGAAGCACGCGCCUCGCAGCCCUCUAUCAUCUUCUUUGAUGAGAUCGAUGGCUUGGCGCCAGUGCGAAGUAGCAAGCAAGAUCAAAUCCACGCAUCCAUCGUCAGCACACUCUUGGCGCUCAUGGAUGGCAUGGAUGGCAGGGGCCAAGUCGUUGUCAUUGGCGCUACGAACAGACCUGACUCCGUCGACCCAGCACUUCGACGUCCUGGUCGAUUCGAUCGAGAGUUCUACUUCCCUCUACCGUCACGAGAAGCACGACUCAGCAUUAUCAACAUCCACACCAAAGGCUGGGAGCCGCCCCUCACAGAUGACUUCAAGGACAAGCUCUCCGAGGUCACGAAGGGCUACGGUGGAGCCGACCUUCGGGCUCUGUGCACUGAGGCAGCUCUCAACGCCAUUCAACGACGCUAUCCCCAGAUCUAUCAGACUACUGAGCGCCUGCUCCUGCAGCCGGAGACGAUCAAAGUGGAGGCUAAGGAUUUCAUGAUGUCGGUCAACAAGCUCGUCCCAUCUUCGGCUCGCUCAGCAUCGUCAGCUGCCGCGCCGCUAGCAGAGCAUCUGAAGCCCAUUCUGGGCGACACGGUCGAGAAUGCAACACAGGCGCUGCAAAAGGUGCUCCCGCCGGCUACUAAGCGCAACCCUCUAGAAGAGGCCCUGUGGGAAGACGAGCCGACGGCGGCAACUUUCGGCUCUGAAGACAAUGGAUUCGGUCGGGAGAUGAUGUUGCAGACGUUUGAGUCGCUGCGAAUCUUUAGACCUCGUUUGGUCAUCUACGGAGCGGAGGGCAUGGGUCAGUCUUUCGUUGGAGGCGCACUCCUGCACCAUCUCGAGGGAUAUCACGUGCAGUCUCUCGAUGUCGGCGCUCUAAUGGGUGAUAGUGCCAGGACGCCCGAGGCGGCUGUCGUACAGUUGUUUGUCGAGGCCAAACGACACAAGCCUUCCGUCAUCUACAUUCCGGGACUGGUCCAUUGGGCCCACUCUGUAUCGGACACAGUGCGAGCCACCACAAAGGCACUUUUGGACGAAUUGGCUGCCUCAGACCCGAUUCUGCUACUUGCCAUUGCCGAAGCGCCUUUGAGCGAGCUGCCCUCCGAUGUCGCCAGAUGGUUUGGCUACCUAGACAACACCAAGAUUGAAGCCGGAAGACCAAGCGACCUGCAGCGACAGCGUUUCUUUGAGGACCUCCUAGGUCAUGUCUCCAAGCCGCCGACAGAUUUCCCAGACGCUGUCCCGCGCCGGCGUCGAGUCCUUGAGGAGCUGCCAAAGGCACCGCCAAGGCCACCUCGUCAAGCUACCGCCGCUGAACUGCAACAGCAGGUGUACGAUGACCAAAGAACUCUCGAGCAUUUGAAGUAUCGCCUCGGUCCUGUCCUAGGGGAGCUGAGGAAGAAGUUCAAGAAGUUCACAAGAGACGUCUGGGACGAGUACAAUCUGCAUAAUCUGACAGACACCUACGAAUGGCACAAGGAGAAUGGCAAGGUAGUAGUCAGACUCAGAUACACCAAGGGCUUCAGGCGCAGGAGACAUUCAUCUGUCGAUGAGGGCUUCCUGAUCAGCGGAGGCGAUGGCUUGACUUCUUCCUCUCAGCGGCAGAGCCAGGAAGCAACUAUCGAGAAGCCAAACGGUGUGGUGACCUUUGCAGAAGUCAACGGUAGCUCAACUGCCAAUCAGAACGACGGGACUGCCGAUGUGCACAUGGCAGAAGCAUCUACAGGUCUCGAUGGUCCAGAGCCAACGUCGGCUCCUUCACAACAGAGCGUCCCCGCCGUGCUCGUACAUGAAAGCCAGCACACGGAACUGAAUGGCACAACUACGAAUGGCGACAACGCAGAUGGCCAAGCUAGCGGUGCAGACGCAGCAGGCGACAGCAGCGACCGGGAAUACGACUACAGAGACAUGCCCAUCUGGACCAUGAACCUGGAGCGCAUGCAGCGCCGCUUGUACCACAAUGGCUACCUCACUAUCGGCAACUUCCUUGAUGAUCUGGACAAGAUCGUUGCCAAUGCCGAACAGGCUCAGGAAGUCGACAUGGAGCGGAUGGUCCGAGCUCAUCAGAUGAGGAAUCUAGCCGUGGUUUUGCUGGAGCAGUACAUCGACAUCAACUUCAGAGUCGAAUGUGAAGGCAUGGCCGGACGUCAACUGGCCCGAGAAAAGGAGAAGCGAGAGGCUGAAGAGGCUGCCAAGAAGAGUGUCGAGGAAGCUCGAGCCGCUGGCAAGAAUCCUGAGCCGCCGCGAAGGCCAUCCGGGGAAAGGUUCAGCGCCAGGGUCCAAGGUCAGCAGCCUGAGCACCGUCAUCCUGUCGAUGUCAGCGCCAUCGAAAGAAACUCUGGCAAGAGAUCAAGGACGUCGUCCGCGCGCAACAGUGGCAUUGAGGGAAGUGAGCGCAAGCGAGCCCGCAGCGCUCUGAUGAACGAAGUAGACCAGAUGGUCGCGCAAGGACAGCUCGGCAACGCCGGUGAUGCGGCAGACAAAGUGACUGAGAGUCAAACAACAAACGGCAACGCUGCAGACCCGCUAGGCCAGCCCACUGAGGAUGUGGUCGAAGCGGUAUCUGGACUUGGUCCGGUCGUGGUUCCCUCUCAAACAAGCACAGUGGCCCAUACGAACGGCGAAAGUGUAGCCGCUGGCGCAGAGCCACUUGGGACUCAAGACGCAGCAUCUCUUUCGGUGCCCUCUGAGCCCCUUGCCUUGCAAGCACACCCGCCCUUUGUGUGUCCACCUCUGGAGCUGGAUCAUCUGCGCAACCACCUCUUGGCGGCCUCGAAGAUGUUCAACAUCGAUCAGCUGCUGCAGCUGCGAGCUGCUUGCUUCGACGGGGUCUGGAAGAGGAGGGCUGACUGGGAUCGUAGUGCGAUGAUUCAGGAGCUAGAAGGAUUAGCGGACAAGGUCGAGAAGGCCGUCAGACUAGAGUUGGAGGCGGAGGGAAGAUGAUGCCCGCGUGGCGAAUGCUAGUGGUCCCUAGACUGUCUCUUGACUGUUCUUUUCGAAUGUACAAUUGAGUCGAAUUAUACGGAUGUCCUGUUACCUGUUGUCGUGUGGUGGUGUAAUACUCAGCAGCAUUGUCCCUG